GUGCUUAUAUAUGUAUAUAUCCAUAUACAGAGAGAGCUUUGAUUUUGAAUUUUGUUUUGGAUUUGUCUUCGUUGGCAUUGUCGGGUUGAAGUUUGAUAUUUUCAAAUUGAACCUACAUACAUAAGUUGACCUACCACUCUACCUUCUUCUCAGUUUUUAAUUUGCUCGAUCUGUCCGUCACUGAAAAGAAUCCACGGCAUUUCAGUUCUUGGUCAAGUUUAUCACAGGACCUAUCAUUGAUAGUGAAAUUCCAAGCUUGAGUUUCUGGGUUUCUCUUCAAAGAUUCAGAUCGAGCAUUGGCAUAUGAAGGUGACGCAGCUUCCUUCUGGAGAGGAAAAGACUAUAGCUUGACUUGAAGGAGACAGUUGAGAAGCAUUUUGGUAAAGAACUUCAGUGCCAUAAGCAAAAAAUGAAUCAAUUUGAAGUAAUUCCUGCUUUGCUUUAAGGUUUGAUUUUUAGUUUACUUGAAUCAUGGUUGAAGACGGAAAGGAAAAUUUGGUGGCUCAUAAUCUGUCGGCUGAGGAAUGGCUAUCUCGUGCACAGAUGCUUGUUCCCAGGGCUCUGGAAAAAGCCAGGGAGGUUAAAGGGUUCCCUGGGAGAUGGAAGAUGAUAAUUUCGAAAUUGGAACGAAUCCCUACAAGAUUAUCGGAUUUGUCUAGCCAUCCUUGCUUCUCCAAGAAUGCACUCUGUAAGGAGCAAUUGCAGGCUGUUUCAAGGACAUUGAAUGAAGCAAUUGAUUUGGCGGAGUCUUGUGUAAAAGGGAAAUUUGAAGGAAAACUUAGAAUGCAAAGUGAUUUAGAUUCGCUAUUGUGUAAACUUGAUUUGAAUUUACGCGAUUGUGGGCUUCUGAUCAAAACCGGGGUGCUUGGAGAGGUUAGUUUGCCGUUGGCAGAACAAGAGGCUGCCGCAGAUCAUAGCAAUAUAAGAGAAUUGUUCGCACGACUUCAGAUUGGACACCUCGAGGCUAAGCAUAAAGCACUUGAUUCACUUGUAGAAUUAAUGAAAGAUGAUGAGAAGAAUGUGUUGGCUGUUUUAGGACGAAGCAAUAUUGCAGCAUUAGUCCAAUUGCUCACUGCAACUUCUUCUCGGAUCAGAGAAAAAACUGUUACCGUUAUAUGUUGGCUUGCAGAAUCUGGAAGUUGUGAGAGUUUACUUGUUUCUGAAGGCGCUCUUCCUCCCCUUAUAAGGCUUGUCGAAUCUGGUAAUGCAGUGAGUCGAGAGAAAGCUACGUUUUCUCUCCAGAGAUUGUCUAUGUCAGCAGAAACCGCACGCUCAAUUGUUGGCCAUGGUGGAGUUAGGCCUCUGAUUGAGAUCUGUCGAACUGAUGAUUCUGUUUUGCAAGCUGCUGCGGCUUGUACCUUGAAGAAUAUAUCGGCUGUGCCUGAUGCACGGCAAGCCCUUUCUGAAGAAGGGAUUAUAAAGGUGAUGAUCAAUCUUCUUGAUUGUGGAGCCCUGUUGAGAUCUAAAGAAUAUGCAGCAGAUUGCUUACAAAAUCUCACAUCAAGUAAUGACAACCUCCGGAGAUGUGUUAUUUCAGAAGGCGGAAUAAAAAGUCUUCUGGCGUAUUUAGAUGGUCCGCUGCCUCAAGAAUCUGCAGUUGGGGCAUUGAGAAACUUGGUUGGAGUGAUUUCAGUUGAUGUUUUGGUUUCAUCAGGCCUUCUUCCGAGGCUGGUCCAUGUGCUUAAAUCUGGCUCUCUUGGUGCACAAAAAGCAGCAGCCUCGGUGAUUUUUCUAAUCUGCGGCUCGACUGAAAUGAAACGAUUGGUGGGUGAAUCUGGAAGCAUUCCACUUCUCAUAAAGAUGCUGGAGGCUAAAUCUAACAAUGCGAGGGAGGUUGCAGCACAAUCAAUUUCAAGUUUGAUGACCCUUUCCCAUAAUUAUAGAGAAGUUAGAAGAGAUGACAAAUGUGUGCUUAAUUUGGUAGUAUUGCUCGAUCCAAGUCCCCAGAACACAGCCAAAAAAUAUGCAAUUUCCUGUCUAACCUUGCUUUCCUCGAGCAAAAAGUGUAAGAAGUUGAUGACUUCGUAUGGGGCUAUCGGUUAUCUCAAGAAGCUUACUGAGAUGGACAUUCCCGGUGCCAAGAAGCUACUUGAGCGUUUAGAGAGAGGAAAACUGAAAAGCUUGUUCAGCAAGAAGUAGGACAACUCAAUGUUGUGUAAUGGAAGUAUAAUUUUGA